AUGUUUUCAUUCUCCAAGAAUUCAACCCACUUACAACCAUCGCUGUUUGAUAUUCGAAUCAGAUCUGCGAAUAAGAAUAUUCUUUUUUUGGAAGGUCAGACGGGUGAGUCCAAUACUUUGGCUGUAUUUGGUCAUGUUGUUUUCUCCAUUCCGGAAGAUAUCACUGUUCGUGGUAUUUCUCUUCAUUUGACUGGAUGUUUCCGGCUUGAUUUUCUUGAAAGCUUUCAAGACGGUUCUGGAAGAGUGAUUGCUGCCUGUCCCGUGAGAAAGGAGAUGGUUAUAGUUGAAUGUGAAUGGCAAAAUCUUCUUACAAACCCAGAGGGUGUCGUGUUGAAAUCAGGUUUAAGCAGUGCGGAUCAUCCAAAUGUUUCGACAUCUAAAUCGCAGAAUUCCGGUAAGUAUUUAACCGGCAGGUCUAAACCAGUUAAACUAACAGUUGAUGAAAAGAUUCCUACUGGAACUACUCCAUUUCCUGAACAACGCGAUUCAACUAAUGGUAAUAUAAUGUUUACGCUUCCCCGAGGUAACUAUUCACUUCCUUUCAAAGCUGCUCUUCCAGGAAGCAUUCCAGAAACUGUGGAAGGUCUACGCUGUGGGGUGAUUUUAUAUAGAUUGGCAAGUAAAAUGAAUGGUGCAAAAUCGUUCAAAAAAGACCCGCAGACAUGGAAAUAUUUAAGAAUAUUCAGGAAGCCGUUACAGACAGAAGUUUCGAUGUGUGAGGACUGCUCUGUUGAGAGUACUUGGCCAGGCAAGAUUCAGUAUGAGGUUCGACUUCCUCGAAAAGCAUUGCCGUUGGGUGGUAAGGCCAAAAUGCACAUUUUAAUUGUUCCGUUAAUGAAAGGGCUGACGCUUGGAAAAAUAACUGUCUCGAUACAGCAAUACUUUUCUCUCAAGGGAGAUGGAGAUGAAUCAUUCGAGGAUGAGCACACAGUUUUCAGAUGUGUUUUACCUGAGAUUUCGAUGGAUGAGCUAAGUCCGGACAAAUGGUCUUUGGAAGCUAGAAUUUCACUUCCUCUUAAUCUCAAGCAGUGCACACCAGAUGUGGAUUUGAAAGAUGAUCUUAUUCGUGUCCGUCAUAAGCUCACACUUAACAUCAAUAUCAUGAAUUCGGAUGGCCACAUCUCACAGGUGAAAUCCAAGCUACCUAUAAUUCUAUACAUAAGUGGAAGGGAUAAAAUACUUGGGAGAAAUGCAUAUGUUGACCGAACUGGACGUAUUAGAUUCAAAACGGGCAGUUGUAUAUUAUUUGACAAUCUGAAGAACCAGCCUCGACUGGUUAGUGCUUUGGAACCUAUUGCUAGUCCUUUAAAUGAUCAAGCAAUACCUCAAACUAUUGAAGAACAGAUGGAGGAAGAUGAACAGUCAGAUUCGGAUGAUAAUGGCAACGUGCAAAAUCAAAAUCGAAAUUUGCGUGCAAGUCAUUCGAAUAUUUCAUCUGGUGAUAAUACAGAACCUGCCAUUAGAGAGGGAAGUAGUAGCUGGUCUUGUCAAGCGCAAGUACCUUUAGAUUCACUUUUAAUGCCAUCAUCACCAGCAGCAUCUACUAGAUCUACACCAAUACGGAUACCGCACAGACCACAGCUCGGAAGAACUCGAAGUUCUGGAACAACGCGGGUUAAAAGUCACGGUCACAACUACAAGAAGUAUAGUGUCGAUGGCAGGGAUGGUACGGAAGAAAUUCAGGAAAUAAGAGUUGAUCCUGGAUAUGACUUUGGACGAGAUUUGGAUCCCGAUAGCUCAGAUGAAAGUGAAAAUUCUGAGAAAUUCUUGCCAUCCUACAAUGAUUCAAAGAAAGAUAUGCAUUUGGAUCCUAGCAUGGUGUCUCCAAUCAAUUCGCCAAUAUCAAUUGCAGAGGAAACUUCAGGUUCGGCAUCGUCAUAUUUUGAUCUUGAUCCACAAAUGUUGCACAGAACCACAUCUCGAUCCAGUAGCGUUCUUGAGUCUCCAGCUGCUCAGUUUCUUUCCUCUGCAACAUCAGCAGCGGUCACUCCGAAGUUUGAUGAAAGUAUGAACGAAGUGCCGUCGUAUAGUUCUGUUUAUGAUGAUGAUUAUUCGGUGACCACUGAUCCGGCACCUCCUUAUGAGGAGACGGCUUCUAAGACUGAUAAGGAGUUUGGUGAUUAUUUGGUGGCGAAGGUUGAGAAAGAACGAUCAGGUUUUAGGAGUCUUGUCAAUAAACCUUAUGUAGCAGGGCAUUUAUCGUUAUCUACACCUCCAAAAACUGCUCCCCAUAGAACACUAAUGAACAGUUUUCAGACAAUGCCACCACUAAGAAAGACUUUGUCCUCAACUAGUUAUAGACCUCACGUUUCACUGCCGGCACUACUUGCGAAAAAUUUCAGUUCAGAUAAUAUAUUAAGGCCAACUUCUAACCAGCUUGGAAAUAACACAAGAGAAUAUCAUGUUCCAAAGGUUCCCCCAAAGGCUAUUACUAAAAAAGUCGGCACCCCAGACAGAUUAUCGCAAUCUGCCUCGCAAUAUUUCGAAUCUCUUCCCAAGCCUACAUUCAACUUGCAUUUGCCGUACCAUAAGAAAAAGUAG